CGCCCCCAGCCUGAGCACGGCGCUGGACGAGUGCAUGGCCGCCCUGGACCUGUUUCUGACCAACAAGUUCUCGGCCGCGCUGGCCUGCCUGGAGCCCAGAAUCAAGCAGAGUAUGUACCACUCUCUGACCUACGCUACCAUCUUGGAAAUGCAAGCCAUGAUGACCUUUGACCCCCGGGACAUUCAGAAUGCCAGUAACAUGAUGAAGGAAACCCAGAGCCUCUGCCAGAAGUACAGGAAGAAAGCCUCCGUAGCCGAUUCCUUCAACAGCCUCGUGCACAGACAGAGCCCGGAACAGUUCACCGAAGAGGAGAUUCACGCAGAGGUUUGCUAUGCCGAGUGCCUCCUGCAGAGAGCUGCGCUCACCUUCCUGCAGCAGGAUGAGAACAUGGUGAGCUUUAUCAAAGGGGGCAUCAAAGUCAGGAGCAGCUACCAGACCUACAAGGAGCUGGACACCCUCGUCCGGUCUUCCGGCUACGCCAGAGGAGAAAACCACCACCACUUCGAGGGCGGGGUGAAGCUGGGCGUUGGAGCAUUCAACCUGACGCUCUCUUUGCUGCCCACCCGAAUCCUCCGACUGCUGGAGUUUGUUGGCUUUUCUGGAAACAAGGACUAUGGGCUGCUGCAGCUGGAGGAGGGCGCUGCUGUACACAGCUUCCGGGCUGUGCUGUGCACUAUGCUGCUGCUGUGCUACCACACCUUCCUGAGCUUCGUGUUGGGCACCGGCAACGGCAACGUCGAAGAGGCCGAGAAACUGCUCCGGCCCUACCUGGCCCGGUAUCCCAAGGGGGCGGUCUUCCUGUUCUUCGCCGGCCGGAUCGAGGCGCUGAAAGGCAGCAUCGACACCGCCAUCCGGCGGUUCGAGGAGUGCUGCGAGGCCCAGCAGCAGUGGAAACAAUUCCAUCACAUGUGCUACUGGGAGCUGAUGUGGUGCUUCACCUACCUGCGCCAGUGGAAGAUGGCCUACUUCUACGCCGACCUGCUGAGCAAGGAGAACUCCUGGUCCAAGGCCACCUACCUGUACAUGAAAGCAGCCUACCUCAGCAUGUUCGCCGACGGCGACCACAAGCCCUUUGGCGACAAUGAAGUGGAACUCUUCCGAUCCGUGCCCGCUCUGAAACUGAAAAUCGCCGGGAAGUCGCUCCCCACGGAGAAGUUCGCCAUUCGGAAGUCUCGUCGCUACCUCCCUUCAGAUCCAAUCCCGCUGCCCGUUCCUGCUCUGGAGAUGAUGUACAUCUGGAACGGCUACGCCGUGAUCGGGAAGCAGCGGGCCCUGACCGAGGGGAUGCUGGAGAUCCUGAACCAGGCCGCAGAGGCUCUGGAGAGAGCCCCAGUGUCUGACUUCUCGACUGACGACCAGUGCGUGGUGAAGCUGCUGAAGGGGUUGUGCCUCAAGUAUCUGGGCAACGUGGCGGGAGCGGAAGAGUGUUUCGUGGCCGUCCGCGCAGCGGAGAAGAAGAUUAAGUACGACCACUACUUGGUCCCAAACGCUCUCCUGGAACUUGCCCUCUUAUUCCUGGACCAAGGCCGCCACGAAGACGCCAUAAAGCUCUUGGUGUCGGCAAACUCUGCCCCUCCCAGUCCCCCCCCCGUUGCUCUACCCCGUUUCAGACAGAACUACAAGAACUACUCCAUGGAGUCCCGGACGCACUUCCGGAUCCAGGCGGCCCUUCUUCAAGCCCAACCGGCCGCCCCCUCGGCCCCUGCCUCGCCGGACCCGUCCGCCUGGUCCAAGCCCACGCCUCAGCACUGACCGGUCUACCUGGCCCAGACCCCGGGCCCGGGCCAGGUUUCCGCCCCCCAAGGAUGGCGGGGGGCGCCGUGGCCAAGCAGACCCCCUGCAGCCACCGCCAAGAGCGUUGAAACGGCCAGUUUCCGUCGGCGGGGCCGCGGUUUUUAAGACUCCUUUAGAGAGCUAGUGUACAAAUGUGCGUUUCUGUCCCACCUGGGGUAAAUACAGAUUUACAUUCCAAGCCA